CAGCCUGGCGAGCCAGGGGAAUCCAGCCAGCGACUAUCUUGGGCCUGGGCAGGAACUGGAAUCUUCCUUGGCUGGGCCCCAGAGACAUUAACUCUUUGUGAGUCCCUGGAAGAGAGCCGUGAUCACCAACAUGUCAGUGGCAGGCAUCUGUGUGGUGCUCAAGGUUGACUUGGUUUCAGGAGAGGACCCUGACAUUAAUCUGGGCAGGAAGACUAGACUCCUCACUCCACCCCAAAGCAAAGGCUCGGCACUAUUUUGGGUGGUGUAGACCCCGCCCCCACCUCGGACGGAGCCCUAGUUCUUCAGACAGCUGGAGGGGUCGCGCUGCAUCUCGGAUCAGGGCCGCCGACACAUCUGCAGCCAUGUCGGGCCGCUCGGUGCCACACGCCCACCCGGCCACCGCCGAGUACGAAUUUGCCAACCCGAGUCGCCUGGGUGAGCAGCGCUUCGGAGAAGGCCUCCUGCCGGAAGAGAUCCUGACCCCCACCCUCUACCAUGGCUACUAUGUUCGGCCCCGGGCCACCAGAGCCGGGGAGGGCAGCAGGGCAGGGGCCUCGGAACUCAGGCUCAGUGAGGGCAAGUUCCAGGCGUUUCUGGAUGUGAGCCACUUUACCCCCGAUGAGGUGACUGUGAGGACUGUGGACAACCUGCUGGAGGUGUCCGCCCGGCACCCGCAGCGCCUGGACCGCCACGGCUUUGUGUCUCGAGAGUUCUGCCGCACCUAUGUUCUGCCUGCGGAUGUUGACCCCUGGCGAGUCCGUGCUGCUCUUUCCCAUGAUGGCAUCCUUAACCUGGAGGCGCCUCGGGGUGGCCGACAUUUGGACACAGAGGUCAAUGAGGUCUAUAUCUCCUUGCUGUCUGCACCUCCUGAUCCAGAGGAAGAGGAGGAGGCUGCCAGAGUUGAGCCCUGAGUGCCACAGACCCAGCACCCAGCACUUUCUACCUCAUGUGGUGAUAGAGCAGCUGCCACUACCCCAGAGGCAGCAGCAUCCUUGAGGGAGGGAAAGUGCAUGGGCCGCAAUGUAUGGUUUGGUCCCUUGGGACGUGUCCUAGCCUUUGGUUUAGUUCUGGGUGGAGCUGAAUAAACCCAAAUCUCAGGGC